AAUGGUCGAACACUCACUUCUGGCGUGUCGCGGAAACAGGCGGAAACGACUGGGAGACGAUCUGGGAAAGGAUUGCAGUCUCAAUUGCACGACGGCCACAUUAUCCCAGCAGAGCAUCAGCCCAUCUUGGAGCACUAAGCUGCCAAAAGAAGGUCUCGUAGAGAGCCAAGGACCUCUCCUCUCAAACUCCUUCCAUUUUUUCCACGGCCGGUCAGCUCAGCAGCCGCUAUGGGCAGCCACGAUAAGGACAGACGUCGGGACAGCUCCUUGAGUCAUGAGCACAGUCGUUCACGCCAUCGUCAUCGUUCAAAGUCCAGAGACUCUUCGCGCGAGAGAUCGCACAAGGCGAAAGACGGUUCCUUGAGGUCAACUUCCCGGGAUGAGAAGAGGUCGUCGAAGAAGGACAGGAGGCGGUCAAGGAGUCCUGGGUAUUCUCGCCAUGAUCGAGGCGAAUCUAGCGGUCGUAGGCGUUCGUCAGGACACAGCCACAAAGACAGAGGGCGUAGCUCUAGUAGCGAUGAUACUCGGCGAAGUAGAAGUAGAAGCCCAUCCGCGAAACACAAGGAGGAUGGCCGCAGAUAUCGCCAUGAGGAACGAAGGCACAGCAAAGACGCAGACAGGGUGAAGAAAGAUAGACGGCGCGGAAAAUCUAGCAGUGACGAAAGUAAGACGGAGCAGGAUAUCAGAAGAAGUGCCAUCACGGGAAAAAAGCUAAAGCUGAAGGUCCGAAAGACUGUGGACGACAAAGUAAGGGAGAAGAACAGAACACAGCUACUGCAACACCUCAACCAGAUGUAUGAUUGACACAUCUGUCUGAUUGGAGGUCGGAAAGCAGUUCUACCUUAUAUUCUUUCUGGUCUCGGGUGCUGGAUGUACUUUGACCAACCGCAACCCCAAAAAAAUGAAUGAGAAUAUUCUAGAUGUCGUGAAUGGUAUGUCUAUCGGGUGGGUCAAUGGUCUUGAGGUGUUCGGCUAUCCGUUUCACUUCAUUUCCCGAACCGCUGCUGACACGACGCCAUAUGCCGC